AUGUCCAACAAGUGGAUUGUAGUUGGAAUCUCUGGAGCAACUUGUGGUGGCAAGACUACUUUGGCCAGCAAAUUGCAUGAAUAUUUUCCAGAGUCUGUUAAAAUUGGUCAGGAUGAUUACUUUCAUCCUAUUGAUUCGCCACAUCAUGUUAAAUGUGAUUCUCUCAAUCAUAUUAAUUGGGAACUGAUGUCAGCGCUAGAUAUGAAGAGUAUGAAGUCUGACAUAAAUAUGAUUAUUUCCCAAGAUCCUUCAUCAAAUUGCUUGCCAUCAAAAGCAAAACGGUCCGUGAAAAGUCAAAAUAGUUUAAAUACUCAGUGUAGAAAUAUUCUCAUUUUAGAAGGGUUCUUGAUUCUGAAUGACCAUGAAAUAACUGCAAUUUGUGAUCUUUGUUACUUCAUAACACUUACCAGAGAGGAGUGUUGGUCUCGAAGAAGCAAGAGAACUUAUGACCCCCCUGAUAUUCCAGGCUAUUUUGAUCUUGUUGUUUGGCCUCAAUAUGUGAAAAGCAGAGAUGAAGUACUUGCAAAUCCAAAAGUCAAAGUAUUAGAUGGAAUUGUUGCAAUUGAUUUAUUACAGAAAGAUGUAUUUUCCGCCAUUGAAAAUCAGCUGAUGUGCAAGAGAAUUUAAGCCCAUACUAAGACUGUUGCCAUAGAUUUUAACAAAGGUAUCAUUUGUUGCACAAGAAUUUAUAAUUUAUAACUGAAAUUUAUUAUCACUACUUACACACUUUUGUAACAAAUAUGUCACAUGGAUAAAUAAAAUUGUAUUCUUGUAAA